AUGUAUUUGAACUCUGUUGCACAACAUUUCAUGAGCAUCUACUAUGUGUCGGGCACUGGGCUGGAUCAUGGGGACACAGAGGUGAGUGAGCACCAGCCCCCAGAUGUUUGCAGACAGAAAGAGCAGCGGGAUUACUUCCUCACCAUACGUAUCAGCAACACCUGGGAGCCUGUUAGAAACGCAGACUAUCCAGCCCGACCCGACCUACUGGAUCAGGAUCUGCAGUUUAACGGGUGCUUGGUGUGCACGGAAGGACGGGAGCCGGUGCUCGGCGCGCGCAAGGUGCUCGGCGCGCGCAAGGUGCUCGGCGCGCGCAAGGUGCUCGGCGCGCGCAAGGUGCUCGGCGCGCGCAAGGUGCUCGGCGCGCGCAAGGUGCUCGGCGCGCGCAAGGUGCUCGGCGCGCGCAAGGUGCUCGGCGCGCGCAAGGUGCUCGGCGCGCGCAAGGUGCUCGGCGCGCGCAAGGUGCUCGGCGCGCGCAAGGUGCUCGGCGCGCGCAAGGUGCUCGGCGCGCGCAAGGUGCUCGGCGCGCGCAAGGUGCUCGGCGCGCGCAAGGUGCUCGGCGCGCGCAAGGUGCUCGGCGCGCGCAAGGUGCUCGGCGCGCGCAAGGUGCUCGGCGCGCGCAAGGUGCUCGGCGCGCGCAAGGUGCUCGGCGCGCGCAAGGUGCUCGGCGCGCGCAAGGUGCUCGGCGCGCGCAAGGCGCCGGGUGGCGGCGGAGGCAGCGGGGGCGCGGCGCCCGCGCGCGACCCGCGCGACAAGCGCGACAAGGCGGUCCACGAGCGCGGCCACUGGAACAACAAGGUGGAGUUUGUGCUGAGCGUGGCCGGGGAGAUCAUCGGGCUGGGCAACGUGUGGCGCUUCCCCUACCUGUGCUACAAGAACGGAGGAGGGGCAUUCCUGAUUCCCUACGUGGUGUUUUUUAUUUGCUGUGGAAUUCCUGUUUUUUUCCUGGAAACAGCCCUGGGGCAGUUCACAAGUGAGGGUGGCAUUACGUGUUGGAGGAAAGUUUGUCCUUUAUUUGAAGGUAUUGGCUAUGCAACACAGGUGAUUGAGGCCCAUCUAAAUGUCUACUACAUCAUCAUCCUGGCAUGGGCCAUUUUCUACCUGAGCAACUGCUUCACCACUGAGCUCCCCUGGGCCACCUGUGGGCAUGAGUGGAACACAGAGAAUUGUGUGGAGUUCCAGAAACUGAAUGUGAGCAACUACAGCCAUGUGGCCCUGCAGAACGCCACCUCCCCCGUCAUGGAGUUUUGGGAGCACCGGGUCCUCGCCAUCUCUGAUGGGAUCGAGCACAUUGGGAACCUCCGCUGGGAGCUGGCUUUGUGUCUUCUGGCAGCCUGGACCAUCUGCUACUUCUGCAUCUGGAAGGGGACCAAGUCCACAGGAAAGGUUGUAUACGUCACCGCAACAUUCCCCUACAUCAUGCUUCUUAUCCUGCUGAUCCGAGGGGUCACGUUGCCUGGGGCCUCCGAGGGCAUCAAGUUCUACCUGUACCCCGACCUCUCCCGGCUCUCUGACCCACAGGUCUGGGUAGAUGCUGGAACGCAGAUCUUUUUCUCCUAUGCCAUCUGCCUGGGCUGUCUGACUGCUCUGGGAAGUUAUAACAAUUAUAACAACAACUGCUACAGGGACUGCAUCAUGCUCUGUUGCCUGAACAGUGGCACCAGCUUCGUGGCGGGGUUUGCCAUCUUCUCAGUCCUGGGCUUCAUGGCGUACGAGCAGGGGGUGGCCAUUGCUGAGGUGGCAGAGUCAGGCCCUGGCCUGGCCUUUAUUGCCUACCCCAAGGCUGUCACCAUGAUGCCUCUCUCCCCGCUGUGGGCCACCUUGUUCUUCAUGAUGCUCAUCUUCUUGGGCCUGGACAGCCAGUUUGUGUGCGUGGAAAGCCUCGUGACCGCCGUGGUGGACAUGUACCCCAAGGUCUUCCGGAGGGGCUACCGGCGGGAGCUGCUCAUCCUGGCCCUGUCAGUCAUCUCCUACUUUCUGGGCCUCGUAAUGUUAACAGAGGGAGGCAUGUACAUUUUCCAGCUCUUUGACUCCUACGCCGCCAGCGGGAUGUGCCUUCUCUUCGUGGCCAUCUUCGAGUGCAUCUGCAUUGGCUGGGUGUACGGAAGCAACCGGUUCUAUGAUAACAUCGAAGACAUGAUUGGCUACCGGCCAUUGUUGCUCAUUAAGUGGUGCUGGAAGGUCGUGACCCCUGGGAUCUGUGCGGGCAUCUUCAUCUUCUUCCUGGUCAAGUACAAGCCACUCAAGUAUAACAAUGUUUACACCUACCCGGCCUGGGGCUAUGGCAUUGGCUGGCUCAUGGCCUUGUCCUCCAUGCUCUGCAUCCCACUCUGGAUCUUCAUCAAGGUGUGGAAGACCGAGGGGACGCUGCCCGAGAAAUUUCGGAAGUUGACAAUCCCCAGUGCCGAUCUGAAAAUGCGGGGCAAGCUUGGGGCAGGCCCACGGACAGUGACAGUCAAUGACUAUGAUGCCAAACUCAAGGGCGACGGCACCAUCGCGACCAUCACAGAGAAGGAGACGCACUUCUGAGCAACCGCCGGUCACCAGGGACGCCUCUCCUUCCCUUCCUUCCCACCUCCCGUGUAUAUAAAUGAAUUCCUGAAACGUGUACUUCACCUAACGGUAGGGGCUUGCUCAUUUUGCACAGGAUUUAUUAACAAGUUAAUUUUAAGGUUGGCCACUGUACACUGGUUUAAAGGCACAUCCUCCUCCUCACCCCCAAUUGUCGUGGACAUAACCACUACAAAGAGAUGACUGUACAGUGACUAGCAACGUCAUCUUAUCCUAGGAUGGUUUUAAUCAGUGUUUUCUAGGGGUCGGGAAGAAGUGUACAAUAUUGUAAAACUUUUAUACUUGGGCUCUGGGGGAGGUGGGGUGGGGAGCCAUGCUGUCCUCUGCCAGCCUUUUAACUGACCUUCCAUGUCCCAUGCUUAUCCCUGACACUCCGCAGCCGCCCUCCUGCAGGCGUCAAGGCAGAGUUUUUUCUUCAGACCUUGCCUGUGGGUUUGCCGACAGCGAGGCCACAUAGCAGACAUGAAAAAGUCCCGCCAGACUCAGGACUCCUGGGUUGCAGGCCCCCCUGCCCUGAUCCCACUAAGUGACCUUGGCACUCCCUUCCCUUCCCUGGGCCUCAGUUUCCCCAUCUCCUAAAUUGGGGGAGGGGUUGGAUUGGAUGAUCUCUUGGGAUUCUCUGUAUGCCUUGCUGGCUUACAGACCUUCUGUUGAUCUUGGCUUCUUCUGAAGACUUGCAGGCAAUAAUCUCUGCCCUCCUCACUGUACCCCCAUCCCCACCUGCUUAUUUAAAACCAAGUUUAUCAUGGAAACGAUGUGGAGGUAGUUUGUGUUUUUUCCAGAACUCUAGUUUUAUUUCGUCCGUGAGCAGCCCCCUUCUCUGGAGACCCACCAGUCCUCAGCCUCCAUGGCAAGGGCUCCUCCCAUCUGGUCUUCCUUAGUCUCCUGGUCGUCCACUGUCACCCUCAGUUCUGUCUCACUGUCCUCGUCCUGUCCUCAGCAGGGCUGGCUAGAGUUGCCAUGGGGACUGGUUUUCUCCUCCAGCCUCCCAUGGAGAGGAGUUUCCCUGGGGUCCAGAGCCUGCUUCCAUCCUAAGGCCCCUUCUCCAUUCCCAGACACCUCUUCUCCCUCUUGCUGUCCCCUGCCCUCCUCCCACCCCCACCUUCCUAUCUCUCAGUUCCCUCCCCAUCCUUCCUGUCCCUGGCAGAUCCUGUGUGCAGGCUUCCUCUCUUCCCUUUGGGAACCAUUGCACCUGCCUCUGUCACCAGGGGCUGAGAAGCCUCAGCUCUUCCUGUGGGGACAACUGGGCAGCCUGCAGCUCUGCCCUUUGUGUGGACCUGGAGUCUGCGGGGAGGCCGACGCUGCCCCACACCCACCCCGGCCUGGCUUCAGACCUCUCUAGCUGAUCUCUCUCUUCUGUUUUAAUAGGAUUUUACAUCAAGCCUCUGCCUUAGUUUCUGAGCUAUUUGGGGGGAGGGAAGGUAAAUUCUUUUUCAUUUUUCUUUAGUUUCCCAAUUUUAUUUGGUGGAGAUACAUGCUUUCUCUGAACCAAGGCUUUAGUUCCUGUAGGGGACCUAUGUGUUCGAUUUACCCAAAAGUUUCCAAGCUCCCAGCUUCUCUGCUGUGGCCAGCCCCCAUGUGAAGCUUGAGUUUGCCAAGAGGGAUGCCCAGCACCUCCCUGGGCUGGUCGGGAUGCCUGGUGCAGGGCCCCCUCGCUGCUCAGAGCCCAGGCCUGCCCGGCUUCUCAUGAACAGGCCACCGCCCUCCUCUCGGGAAGUCCUGCGUCUCCCUGAGCCAUCUGGCCCGGCGGACCCAGGAAGAUCCAGGCCUGGGCUGAGCCCCCUGCUUGUGUUCGCCCUGGACCGCACUCCUCGCAGCAGGCCCCGGGGAGGGAGGCUUCCCACGCUGCUGCUAUGGUCCUGCACCACCAACUGUCUCGUGGGUGCACAACCUUCACGGUCUGUUGCUACCACGCACUGUACACGUGGCACUUGACUCGCUUAACACUACUCAUGGGGCAAGGCGGAGGUAGGAUUGUUAUUUUCUGUUUUUUGUAAUUUCCUACUAGUAUUUGGAUAACUUUGGGGGGUGGGGAGGGCAGCAUGGGGCCGGGGAGGACAUGUCAUCAUGAUGACAUUUUUGAUAUUCAUUAGAAACAAUACAUCCUUUCUGAGAUAUUUACAGUAUUAUUAAAAAAUGAAAAAGGUUGUACUGUUUUGCAUAAUGAACGUUUUUAUCGGGCAUUCAAAGGGCACAAGAUUGUCUGCUUACUCAUUUUUAAAAAUUAAAGAAACAAACAAACAA